AUGGAGUACAAUGCGAAACAGAUGCCAAUUGAAAAUGGUGAAGGAAAGAAGAGGCCUAAGAAUGAGAUUGGAACUCAAAGUUUUAUUGGAAUAGAAGAUAAGAUAAUGGUGAGGGAGGAAAGACUAGUGGGGAGAACCCAUUUUCUAUUGACGGCUACCACAAGAAUCUGGGGAACUGGGAGUGGCUCACCUGGGUUUUUGCAGAAGGAUCGAGCAGCUAGUGUCGAACGUUUUGCUACGCACUUUGGGUUAUCUAGAAUGCGAGGAACAAAAGAGUUUAAAGAGAGAAGAGGAGUUUUACCUGGAACGGAGUGUGCCUUCUUACACCGUCGCUUCGCUGGGGCUGGGAAGGCAGCUGGAACUUGUUCUACUGCUUCUGAUGAAAAUGUCAAGAUGGGUAUGUCCAAACCCACCUAUCUCGAGAAUUUGGUCAUACAUAAGUGUAAAUCAAGAUCCCUUGAGCUUGAUGAAGCUCUGGGUUUUUUCAAUUCCAUGAUUUCAAUGAGACCCUUGCCCUCAGUUUCGGCUUUCAAUUAUCUGCUUGGAGCAGUCUCCAAGAUGGAACAAUGUGCAUUUGUUGUUUCCAUGUGUAAACAGAUUAUGGGUUGUAGUGACUUCCAACCUAAUAUCUUUACAAUGAACAUUUGGAUCCUUUGUUUGUGCAAUUUGAAGAAGGUGGACUUAGGUUUCUCUGUGUUGGCUAUGAUUGCAAAACUUGGUCUUCAACCUGACGAUUAUACCAUGAAUACUCUGCUUAUUGGACUGAGCGACGAGGGUAAGAUUAACAAGGCAAUGGGAGUGUUUAGGAAAAUAUUGGAGACUGGAUAUCCGCAUAAUCAAUACACUUUCAGUAUUAUUAUGAGGGAACUUUGCAGAUCAGGGAAUUCUCGUUUUGCUGUUCUUCUUCUGUUAAAGAUGAAUGGAAAUGGAAGCUUUCAACCUGAUGCGCUCGUUGGCCAGUGGGAUGAAGCAAAAGAAUUAUUAGUUGACAUGGGUAACAAGGGGAUUUCCCCUAAUGUCUAUACCUUAAAUACUCUGAUUUCUGCUCUUUGCAAGGAUGGGAAGAUCCAAGAAGCAAUAUUUGUAUUUGAUUUAAUGACCCAAAGAGGCACAAGGCCUGAUGUUAUCACUUAUACUAUGCUAAUUCAUGCCUUAUGCAAGUUUGGCGAAUGGAGAUUGGUCAGGAAUUUCUUUGCAAACAUGAUUGCAUCUGAAAUUUUACCUUCCGUUUUAACUUUCAAUUCCAUGAUAUAUAUUUUAUGCAAGGAGGGGCAGUCAUCAGAGGCAAUUGAAAUUCUGGAACUAAUGACUCGUAAAGGCGUGAAACCGGAUGUUGUUACCUAUAAUCCUCUUAUUCAAGGACUUUGUCAUUCUGGGCAAUGGAAAGAAGCAACAAGCUUGCUCAAUAGAAUGAUGAAUGAAGGAGUCCAUCCUGAUGUUGUGACUUUCAAUUCUUUAAUCAAUGCUUUAUGCAAGUAA